GUGCAGGUGCAGGGUAUGGAGGGCGACUGGCGGACCUACUGCGAGCAUCCGCUCUCGGUAGCGACCGCGGCGAUGCUGAAUCUACAACAACAGCACCAAGUCUCGGCGGUGACGACACACGGAGACGAUCCGGCCGCUUCGUACGUCUACGAGUACUAUAAACUGCCGGAGAAGACCACGGCCGAUGUCAAACUGCCGCCCACGCACGAACUAUGGUCCACGGGUGUGAUGGGCCCGAAGCUGCUGGUGCAGGAGGCGCCUGGCUCCGGUUCCGGCUCGACGAAUCGCAUGGAAGGCGGCGAAGGCGCCGGCGGAGGGGAGCUACACCAUUUCCUGCAUCAGUACAACCAACAGUCCCACAGUCCCGGGCAGAGCCUGCAGGGUGGCCUUCCGCUUCCGCUCAGCCCGCAGUCCCUCAGACACGACGGCUCGACCGGCUCGGGGAUCACCGGCGUGAAACGGGAACCGGAGGACCUUAGCUCGUCCCGUGGCGCACAGCAAUCGAGCAAGAGGCACAAACAGGCCCAGCCGGACAGUCCCACGCCGCCUGGGAUGUACCAUCAUCAUCAGCAUCAGCUGCAGGUGCAACAGUACGGAAGCCCGUACGAUCCGUACACGUCGUGCAGCCCUAGACUCCAGUCCACGGCGUACACGUCGACCUCGGCGACGGGCGGUGGUAACGGUGGUAAUCCGAGCGGCCUUCACCAGGAGGCGACCGCUGUCUACGUCACUGGGGACGCGUUGCCGCCAUUAGCCUCCUCGAGUUCGUCCUCGUUGUCAACCACGACCGCUUCGUACACGAGGUACGAGGUUGUGCCAAGCUCUUACGCGACGACACACGCGAUACGCUCGUCCUCUAGCAGCAGCAAAGUCCUGACCGUUGAUCUUCCCAGCCCCGACUCCGGCAUCGGCGCCGACGCGGUCACACCCAGGCAGGAUCAUCAUCCGCCCACGGCGCUCCAUCAGUCCUCUUUCGACUACACGGAAUUGUGUCCCGGAGGAACGGCAGCGGGAGCCGCGGUGGUCCUCGAGAGCGGCGCGGUGAUACACCAUCAGCCGCUUCAGCUGCAGUUGCAACAGAGCCACGCACAGGCGCAGGUGCAACGCGGAACAUUGGUGUCCUCGGCCGCGGCGAACGCGAGCCCUAACCCGAAUCCACCGAGGUCGCGACCUUGGCACGAUUUCGGCAGGCAGAACGAUGCGGACAAAAUCCAGAUACCAAAAAUAUUCUCCGCCUAUGGGUUCAAGUAUCACCUGGAGUCGCCAAUUAGCACGUCGCAACGCCGCGAGGACGACAGAAUCACGUACAUCAACAAGGGACAAUUCUACGGGAUCACGCUCGACUACGUACCGGAUCCGGACAAGCCGACCCUGAAGACGGGACAGACCGUUAAGAGCGUGGUAAUGCUGAUGUUCCGAGAAGAGAAGAGCCCCGAAGACGAGAUUAAGGCGUGGCAGUUCUGGCACGGAAGGCAACAUUCUGUCAAGCAACGUAUUCUCGAUGCCGACACGAAGAACAGCGUGGGACUGGUGGGCUGCAUAGAGGAAGUCGCGCACAAUGCGAUUGCCGUUUAUUGGAACCCACUCGAAUCCUCGGCGAAGAUCAACGUCGCGGUUCAGUGUCUCAGCACCGAUUUCUCGAGUCAGAAGGGAGUGAAAGGGCUUCCACUGCACAUCCAGGUGGACACUUACGAGGAACCGCCGCCGCACGCUCAUUCGUACACACCCCCGUCACAUCGUGGCUAUUGUCAGAUCAAAGUGUUUUGCGAUAAGGGAGCUGAAAGGAAGACUCGAGACGAGGAGAGGAGAGCGGCGAAGAGAAAGAUGACGGCGACUGGUAGGAAAAAGCUGGACGAGCUCUAUCACUCCGUCACGGAACGCAGCGAAUUCUACUCGAUGGUGGAUCUUCACAAGCCACCAGUUCUGUUCUCGCCACCGGCUGAACACACCAUCGACAAGUUCUCAACGAUGGAGUUGUCAGGCUUCUACGGAGGUGGAGGCGGGGGUGGUGGCGAUACAGACACGUCGUCACUGAGUAACGGGGAGGGCGGAGGAUUGAAGGCCGGUGGCAGCAGCCCUUAUCCUGCCUGCGGCAGACCGAGCCUGCCGGCCCUCAAGUUCCACAACCACUUCCCGCCCGACAAUCUGACUAGCCUGCACGACAAGAAGGACUCGUUGCUGAUGCAGGUGCAGGAGCUCCAGGGCUCGGUGCUGCAGGGCGUGCAACAGGCAGGUCUAACGGGCACCGUGGUCACCGGGGUCGGAAACCGUUUGCAUCUGCAGCAACAGCCGCCCCAUCUUCGACCAGCUGACGCCGAGGAACGUGUGAUGCUCUACGUUCGCCAGGAGUCCGAGGACGUGUACACGCCGCUGCACGUCACACCGCCGACCGUCCAGGGACUUUUGAACGCUAUUGAGUCAAAGUACAAAAUUGCAUCCUCGAGUAUUAAUAACCUCUAUCGCAAAAACACAAAGGGAAUUACAGCGAAAAUUGACGACGACAUGAUCCGAUAUUACGUGGACGAGGACCUGUUCCUGUUGGAGGUGAGCCACUCCAGGGUGAACUCAGACCCGAGCAACGACCGUAAUCCGAAUCCAGGCUCGCCAGGCGAUCCCGGUGAUCCGGGUGAUCCACCUGCCACAGCUGGAUACGACGUCACCCUAAUCGAGCUACCCUCAUCCCCCGCCCAUAUAGCUCAUUCACCUCUCACGAAUUCGACGCACGGGCACGGGCACGUUCACGAGACGGGCAACACGUGAAGAGAGGCGAAAACA